AGGAAGAUAGAAGCAAUGCUCAUCGUGUCUGUUGUUGUGGAAGGACCUAAAAGAAGUCGUGUUGUUCGCAAGACAUGGCAUCUUCUAAUCCUUGGACUGAAAAUCACCUGGCUUGUGUAUCUCUAGGAAAUCUAGAUGAUGUCUUGAGGGUAGCCGCUCAACAUGGCCACACAUUGCAAACCCCAAAGGCCCCAGCUUCAAGCAGUCAUUCACUACGAUUGAUCUCCUUACUUUGUGAAUUGACGGAUCUUCACCGGCAGCUAGACACUGUAUCCAGUCAGUUGAACAUUCUAUCAGAGCGCCAAGCCACAGUGGAUUUGACUGAUAACAGUAAAGCAGAGAACUGGCUUCAUGAUGUGAAGGGGCUCAGUGAUCACUUGUGUAAAGUACUGAACGAGAAGCAACACCUGAUCUCGCUGCUCUCAGAGCCACUAGCCGGCCAGCACAUUGCAAUAGAUGCCAAAUAUCACCGAGCUGUGGCUGGCAUGUACCCAGCGCUGGUGAAGUGUCUCAGUGCUGUGCCCAGUCAUCUUGCCGCAUUGCAAUGGGCUGCUGACAACCUAUGCUGCAGGGAAGGCGUGUUAAUCCCGUCGAUCACCAGCUCAUCUAACAUUGGCAAGCAUGGAUUCCCAGACCUGUCUAAAACAACUGAAGCCUUCACGUCGCUGCAAUCACACUUCAGAAAGCUUCAGGAAAACCGCCGUGCCCUCGGCAAGAUUCUCAAGUCCAGCGAUUCACCCUUUGAUGGAGCUGCUGACCUGUCACUGAUUUGACCACUCUCCAUGGCUGUACUACAGUAUAUCUGUGUGUGUGAGAGAGAGAGAGAGAGAGAGAGAGAGAGAGAGAGAGAGAGAGAGAGAGAGAGAGAGAGAGAGAGAGAGAGAGAGAGAGAGAGAGAGAGAGAGAGAGAGAGUACAUGUACACUGUGCUAUUGUCUCUCUCUCUACCACUACCAGGUGUCUGAUGUGGAUUAGUUACUCUCUGCCAUGCAUGCUACUACCUUUGGGCUAUUGAAGUUGUUCUUACUACUGCAGACGACUCUGCACAAAGCACCUAGAUGGGAAUGUACACUCAGCAAUGUCUCGAUAUCAAUCAGCCUAUGCACAAUGACCUCCGACAGCACAGCAAGGCGCCCGUAUGUUCCGUUACUGACUGUGAACUACCAGCAGCUGUAGUCCUAUCAACAGUCUACAAGCACUAGUAUUGUGCACACCAUGUCAGCAUGAUCAGCGCUGGACACAACUAUACCAACCAGAGCUUCUGCGCUGCAAGUAUACCAUACAGACAACUGCUCCGCCCCGCACAUCCAGUACUCCACGUAUACUGGUGGAUGCUGUCGCAGCAGCAGCAGGAUUCCUGCGCUGGAUACAGCACCGCCAGUCAGAGCUUCUGCGCAGCAAGUAGCUACAGCAGCCUGCAGACCACUGCUGCGCCCCGUGCAUCCAGUACUGCACGUACGCUGGUGGCUGUUGCAGCAGCAGCGGCAAGAUUGAGAGAGCAAGGCCAGCAAUGCCAAGAUAGGCUUUCCAGCUCUACUAUGGAUCUUUGCUCUGCUGUUCAUCAGGUACUGUAUAACUCGUGCUGUUCUGUUGUUCAUCAGUAACUGUUCAUCAGGUACUGUUCAUGAGGCACUGUACUGUUGCUCAUCAGGCACUGUACUGUCAUCAGUCAACUGCUGAUGUUGACUGAGAUGACAUAAUCACAUUGUCAUCGAUGCCCCGCACUCUACUUUACAGUGUAUGUGUUGCUGUGUGCGCACGUCUGAAACCUGACCAUGCCAACAAACAGUACAUGUCAUGUACCUAGUGGAGUGCAGUUGAUGCAUACCCAAGCAAGCAGGUUCCUUCACUUCUCAGUCAGUGGCUUGUUACUGUUGUACUGAUGUUUGUGAUCACCGUGCCUUUUAUUGAGCAAGCGUUUCGAUAGCCGCUAUCCAGUACAUGUGCUAGAAUACUGGCCGGUAUCAGUACUGCCAUGAGCAUUGGCUGCCACACGCAUGCACGGUCAUGUGCUUCUGACCCAGUGCUUCGAAGUUUGUAGUCGCGUGUCUGAGCGCUUCUUAGCGACUGUCAUCAUUUAUAUGGCAGUUUUUUAAAGUUUUUUUUACAAUCUUGAUACAGUUUACAUCAUCACGUGCCGUUCCCACGAGGGCAGAGUACAACUCCCUUUGCCUGCUGCGUACAUAAGCGGGCUCCACUGUAGCUUGCAUUCCAUUGCUCCUGCUGCUGCUACUGUGUUCGGCCACUGGCGUGCAAGGCAGGCAGUCACUGUAUCAAGGCUGUUUGACACGAGGGCUCAUUGAGCUCCGCUAACUGCUGUACAGUUGCUCAGUUCAGCCAAUCAUCCUCUCAGCCAAUAAUACAAUACAGAUCAGAGACGUGGAUAAUUAUUUCAAUGCUCUUGGCUGCUUCCAAUGUUUCUGUGUUAUGUUGGGUGUUUAGCUCUAGUGCACUGUUUACUUGUAAGUUUUCCCUUGGAGGUGAGUGUGUGAAACUCCAGGUGUCCGCUUAGCUAGGGGUCGCCUCAAAAGUUUUUUGUCAUCCCUGAAA